AUGGGAUUAAUUCCCGCUCGCAAUGAGUAUACAUGUGUCAGAGAUUUUGUUUGUCUGGUGAGGCUCUGGGUUGGAGCCUUUGUCCGAGUGUUGGUUCACCAGAAUAAAAGGCAGCUGCUCCAUAAGCAAACUUCUGGCCAUCGGUUGUACUUAUCAAAGAUGGCAACUACUGCAGAGACAAUUAUCAAUGAGGGUGUGUCUGGGGAAUGUCUAUUUCACAUCGGUGCUUAUGGGACCCUAACGAGGAAGCAUCAACAACCGUAUACUGUAUCGAUGGCCGGAAGUGUCAAGGGUCUAUAA